UUAUAAAUAAUUCAGAUUUUGCAACAUCAUUUAACUAGUGUGGCUCUCCAAAUUUGCUCAUUGCAAACAUUAUAUACAUAUAAUAUUAAAUGCAAAUUCGUGCAUUCCUACUUUUACACAAUAAAUAAUACAAUUUAUAAAAUAUUAAUUUAACAGCGCCAAACCCCAUCAACGUUCAGCUCACAACAGCGGCUGCCUCUCUGCAAAUGGAAGCUUUGUUUUGACGGCUUUCCCAACAGACUGCAAGUAAACCCGCGCAUGCGCAUUAACCUGGUCCGAGUGCCCGAUACAAGAUGGCGGAGUCGGUGGGGAGGGAGAGGCGGAGGCGGGUCCGAACCGAAACGCAAAGCCAAUUGAGGACUCCAAACAACCUUCUCCAAGACAGGACAGAUGAGGAGCUAUGAUGAGUGAAAACCACGCAACAAUAAAGGCAGACUCGGCAUUGGUCAUGUCGCCCACCGGGUCCACUUCGCAGUCUGCUUCCUUAUCGCCCUCUACCAGCAAAUCCGUCCAAGAGCUGCCAGAUGAGUUGAUUCAGGCUGGAUGGUCAAAAUGUUGGAGUAAGAGGGAAAAUCGUCCAUAUUACUUCAACCGUUUCACCAACCAAUCGCUGUGGGAGAUGCCUGUCCUGGGACAACAUGAUGUCAUUUCGGACCCUCUGGGGUUGAACGCAGCUCCAGCCUCUGGUGAGGCAACGGGUGAAGCGGGACUGGGCAACGGCCAGCGUAAGAGACACCCAUCAGAAGAUGCAUCUCAAGGGGGCCCAAACUGUUUCAAGAGGCCAAAGGUUGAGAUUCCGGUCACUCCGACAACUCCUACAGUCCCUAUUUCUCCCAGCACACCAGGAGUCAAACCCUGGAUCUCCACCACAGAUGAUAAACAAGCCCAGCCCAGCGCACCUGCACCGGCUCCAUACCGGCCCUCUGUAGUGUACUGGGAUCUGGACAUUCAGACCAAUGCCGUGAUCCGCGAGAGAGCCCCAGCAGAUCAUCUCCCUCCCCACCCUGAGAUUGAACUGCAGAGGGCUCAACUCGCCACCAAACUGCGGCAGCACUACCAUGAGUUAUGUGCUCAGCGGGAGGGUAUAGAGCCACCACGGGAAUCCUUCAACCGCUGGCUCUUAGAGAGGAAGGUGGUGGAUAAAGGGUGUGAUCCGCUCUUGCCCAGCGAAUGCGACCCGGUCAUCUCUCCAUCCAUGUUCCGCGAGAUCAUGAAUGACAUCCCCAUCAGGCUAUCCCGUAUCAAGUAUAAGGAAGAGGCCAGAAAACUCUUGUUCAAAUAUGCAGAGGCAGCAAAGAAAAUGAUAGACUCUAGAAACGCAACUCCUGAUAGUCGAAAGGUGGUCAAAUGGAACGUUGAGGACACCAUGAACUGGCUGAGACGAGACCACUCUGCCAGCAAAGAGGACUACAUGGAUCGACUCGAGCACUUACGGAAGCAGUGUGGCCCUCAUGUCACAGGCGUGGCGAAGGAUUCCGUUGAAGGCAUCUGUUCGAAGAUCCAUCACAUCUCUGCAGAAUAUGUACGCAGAAUGCGCCAAGCUCACCUCACUCUACUCAAAGAGUGCAACAUCUCUGUGGACGGCACAGAGAAGACAGGUGUUCAGGACAGGUUGGUGUAUUGUUAUCCAGUCAGACUGUCCAUCCCGUCCCCUCCUCAACCCCGCGUGGAGCUGCACUUCGAGAACACACUCGCCUGUCUGCGGUAUAAAGGAGAAAUGGUUAAAGUCAACCGCGGUCAUUUCAACAAACUAGAGCUUCUUUAUCGAUAUAGCUGUAUUGAUGACCUAAGGUUCGACAAGUUCCUGUCUCGUGUGUGGUGCCUUAUUAAAAGAUACCAGGCAAUGUUUGGGUCUGGUCUGAAUGAGGGGUCUGGUCUACAGGGGGCGCUGCCCGUUCCGGUUUUCGAGGCUCUCAAUAAAAAGUUUGGAGUGACAUUCGAGUGCUUCGCAUCUCCUCUCAACUGCUAUUUCAAGCAGUUUUGCUCCGCUUUUCCAGAUAUUGACGGCUUCUUUGGAUCUCGAGGGCCGUUCCUCAGCUUCUCUCCAGCCAGUGGCUCAUUUGAGGCAAACCCUCCAUUCUGUGAGGAGCUCAUGGAUGCCAUGGUGACACACUUUGAGGAUCUUCUUGAACGCUCCAGCGAGCCUCUGUCCUUUAUCAUCUUCGUGCCAGAGUGGCGUGACCCCCCGACCCCAGCUCUGACACGGAUGGAGGCCAGUCGCUUCCGCAGGCACCAGAUGAUCGUGCCGGCGUUUGAGCACGAGUACCGCAGUGGCUCGCAGCACCUCUGCAAAAGAGAAGAGAUGUACUACAAGGCCGUCCAUGGAACGGCGGUCAUUUUCCUGCAAAAUAACGCUGGCUUUGCCAAAUGGGAGCCCACCGCGGAGAGAAUCCAGGAGCUCCUGUCGGCCUAUAAGGUCUCCGUGCGUUCUUUACCAUCACCCGGUCCCUCUUCCACCAGUGCCGGAGACAAAGACUCCAAACCGGCCCAGGAAAGCUCAACUAAGAGCGAAGACAACAGCAGUCCUGUUGAAAAGACUGCACCGGACACAACAAACGUUUAGACCGCGGUGCAGGGCGUGUGGCAAAGUGUACGUAUGUUCAUGGGAAAGAGUCUUUGAUUGUAUGAGAGGUAACAUAUCGUGCGGUUGGCUUCAGAUUAGCACUGAGCAUAUAAAUGUUUCCAUGAGAAAUGGAGAGAUCCAUACAUGUUUACUUCCUUCCACCUCUAUUAUUUAAUGUGUUAGGUUUUUGAACUUAUGUUAUCAUAAUUGUUGGGUUUUAUAUCAGUGUAUUGAUAGUUCGGUCACUCUUUUGUUGUUGUGUUUUUAAGAGCUGGUAAUUGUAGCUAUACAUUCAUACAAUUAUAUACAUAUACAUUUGUUAUUCUUGUUUUGACCUUUUUAGGGUGAAUCUCAUGAAAGCAACAAAUGAUUUGUAUGUAUGAAACUUACUAAAAAUGGAUUUUGGACAAUUAAGCACAUUUCCCUUAAUUAUUUUCCACUUUUUAACGGGCUAAUUAAAUCGUUUGUCAUGCCAUGUGAUUAUUAUUCGUUGUUUUUUUUUUUACUGUAUUUCAAGUUGGCAUACAUUAACUAAUAUACAUAACUUAAAGGCAGUCUAACACUAUCAUACCAUUUUUUUUAUUGUCUUUUUAUAUAAAUGGAUUUAUGUGUAUUUUGUUUUGCAUUACAGUCGUGACAAUAAGUUAUCAAAAAUAACUUCUAUGCAUAAUACUGAUGUAUUGUUUAAAAUAAAUGUUUAGUGCCUUUUUAAGAGUAUUUUAUUUGUAUAAUUUUUUUUCAUUUAGCUCAUUUCCCUGCAAAAUUCUUAUUACCAUAAUCUGGUCUGGACACGUUUUGUGAAGCGUUAACACGUUCGAGUCUUGACCCUUUUUUUUUUUUUUUAAUUCCCAUUAUAUUCAAUGGAGAAUUUUAAUAGAUUCGUUUUUAAA